UUAGGGUGAAGACGUUUUUGUUGUUUUUUUUUUUUUUUUAAAAAAAAGUGAAAUUGCAAAUAAAAAUGCGGUUGUCUGGUGAGAGGCGCGACGCCGGUCGUCCCGCCUCCGUUUGAUUUUGGAACACGAGCUUGGAACUAUGUACAUGGAAGCGAGCGGAAAGUGAACAGUCACCCGGUCAGAUGUGUUUUGUUGCCUAUCUUGAGCGCACGUGCUUCUCGUUACCAAUACUGUGUGCCGUUUGUGCGAACUGUCUGUGUUUUAAACUUUGACAAGGUACACACAAUCACAUCGUUCAGGCUAUUUCCAAAUACAGGCGUGUGCUAAAUAAUUUAUCGCAGCGUCCGCAGCAUUAGUGAAAUGAUUGUCGCAAAACUUUAAAUCUUCAUGUCAAGAAGGAAUACUAUAGCAGUUCGGAGUAAGAAAUCAAAUAAAAGUGAAGAAUUUAAAACUGUAAGAUCGAGGACUAGCCGGUCCUUGAUGUACUCGAUAAGCUACAAUAUUUGCACCAAAAAACUCUAUAUAUCUAAGAAACCCUGUCGUUAUUCUGCGAGAGAUCCAAGAUUAAGACACUGGUCUAGAGAAUUCAUUAUUUCCUCUACGUAGAAUCCGUUUUAUAACCACAUUUGGUAGUUAGCUUCGUUCUCUGAGUGACUGAUUUAGAGACAACCCAGUACGUAACUGAACGCGUACUAUUUCAAAACUCCUAUAAGAAACUAAUGGACUCUCAAAGAGCCUACGCAAAUGGAGUUCCAGGUAAAGAAAGAACAAUCAAAUAUGAGCACAAAGUACCGUCUGAAGAGGAGAAGACUACGUCUCCGCUCCUUAGUAAAGUGAAUGACUUUAAGUAUAUUGACGCAGAAAAAGAUGAAAAAUAUGGCGUAAGAGAUAUAAAUAAACCUAAAAAUGAUCUCAACAAAGUCAAUUCUAUGAAAACGGAUACAGAACAACCUAAAGAUAGUCUCAGUGUAAGUUAUCAGAAAAACCAGAAAGGUGACGAAGAUGCGAUCUCGAAUAAUGAAGGCGUUAAGUUUUUGGGAUUGGGAGAUGGCGACAGUAUCUGCUCCAGUAAACCGCCCCCGGAACAAGCACCCCAAAUACCAGAUGGUGGAUGGGGAUGGGUGGUCGUAGCUGCUUCUUUCUUGAUUGCUACUGUAGCAGAUGGACUUGCAUUUUCUUAUGGGUUGAUGCACGAAAAAUUUGUCGAAUACUUUGAGCAGAGUGAAGCGAAAACUUCUCUCAUUGGAAGUUUAUUCAUUUCCGUUCCUCUCAUAUUAGGACCCAUUAUGAGUGCUUUAGUAGAUCGAUACGGAUGUAAAAAGAUGACGAUUGUUGGUGGAGUAGCAUCUACAAUUGGGUUUGUAGCUGCAUCAUAUAGUAAUUCUGUUGAAAUCUUGUAUGUUACUUACGGACUCAUGGCUGGUAUUGGUAUGGGUCUUCUAUAUGUUACAGCUGUAGUUUCAAUAGCCUAUUGGUUUGAAAAAAGACGCAAUUUGGCUGUAGGUUUAGGAUCAUGUGGAGUUGGAUUUGGAACUUUUAUAUAUUCUCCUCUUACUACUUAUCUAUUAGACGAAUACGGAUGGAGAGGUGCCUUAUUACUCCUUGCUGGUACUGUACUUAAUGUGUGUAUUUGUGGUGCUGUUAUGAGAGAUCCUGAGUGGUUAAUCUUAGAACAAAAGAAACAAAGGAAGUUGAAUCAAGCCAAGAAAGCAUCUAGUUCAGUUUCGAUAUCAGCUAAGUCUGGUGGAGGAGAAUCUGUAUAUCCUGGUGUUGAAGAACUUAAAUCACUAAUGAAAAGUGGCGAAACACCUGAAUACAUUUUAACGACUCUUGUUACUUCGAUAGCAGAACAAGAACAUCUUGAAGCAGCUACUAAGAGAAAUACAGAUAUGUCACAGCAUAAAGUUAGUUCGGUAAUCAAUUUACCGACAUUCUUGCGACAGAGUGAAAAGGUUCCAGCCGAAGUAUUAGAUUUAGUUACAUCUAACAAACGUUUAUAUAAUAUAGUUCUACAAAACUACCCAUCUUUAUUAGCUUUGAGAAGCAAUUCAGAACAGAGACUUCCUAUUGAGCCAUCACCUGAAGCUUCUAAAGGUAAACCUGUAACAAUGUCUAUGAAGUUGAAGCUCAACAAGAAAGACAAGAAAGAUUUUGAGAAAAAAUUAGAAAAAGUAAGAGAGAAACUUCUUCAGCCUAUUCCAGAGAACAAAGAAACAGCAUGUUCGAGACAGGAUUGGUUUACAAGACAAUUAUCCACUGAUCAUCAUUAUUUGAGAGAUUUAAGGGUCCAUAGAAAUUCAAUUAUGCACCGAGGAGCUAUGAUGAAUAUUGCAAAAUACAAAUUGCGCGCAUCAUCGUGUCCUGAUAUUUAUAGAAAUUCUAUGUGGUCAAUGGAAGAUCAGGAAGAAAAGACAUGGGGCAGACGCUUAUGGGAUAUGAUAAACAAGACGUUUGAUUUCAAUAUGUUCACCGAAUUCCACUUUCUCAUGAUGAAUCUAUCUACGCUGGUAUUGUUCAUCUGGUUCAUCGUGCCCUACUUCUAUAUCUCCAACUUUAUGCAAAUGAAUGGAUUCGCGGAGGCGGACGGUUCGUGGAUGCUUUCGCUGUUUGGUGUUGCCAGUAUUAUUGGGAUUGUGGGUCUUGGCUGGAUAGGCGAUCUACCAUGGGUGAACAUCACCAAAACCUAUGCACUAUGCCUCAUCAUUUGCGGGAUAAACAUCAUUCUCUUUCCUAUACUGAUUAGCCUGUUGGAUGCAAAGCAGCCUUACAGUUUCUACAUAAUAGCCGUGAAUGCUGUUAUGUUCGGUCUCAUGUUCUCCAGCUCCUACUCUUAUACUCCAAGUAUCUUGGUGGAACUAAUCGCUCUGGAACGCUUCACAAUGGCUUAUGGUUUGGUACUACUGAGCCAGGGCGUGGGGCAUUUAGUUGGACCACCCAUGGCUGGCGCUCUUCGUGAUUCGACCGGCUAUUGGGAUGCCGCGUUCUACGUGGCUGGUAUCUGGGUGAUAAUCUCUGGUCUCCUGGUUGGUGUUAUACCAUACACGAAGAACUUCCGUAUGUGUGGCAACGCGCCGCUCGCUAAAGACGUCGCUGGAGAACCUGAUCCUGGUGUUAAGAUUAUUAUAGCUCAUUAAUGUUUUUUGUAUACCUUGGAUAGAUUAGAUUAUCUAUCUAUCUCUAUUACUCCAUGGUCGGAUUACUUAAUUGCUUAAGAUGCGUUCUAGUCGCGAAAAAGUUUUAGAACGAGUUUCAAAGGAAGCAGGUUUUCAAUACGUUUGAAGUUUUUUUAGUUGAUUUGUAGUUAUAUUCAGUGAUUAUAUACCAAUUCUGAAGCUGUUCACAAUAUUCCUUUUGCAGUCGAUUAGACUCCCAUAUUGGUACCAUAUUAAUUUAAUAACGUUUGAAGUAGCUGCAAUUUUUUUGUGGAGCAAAAACUGAUUGAUCCAGCAAAAACUUUUAGCACAAGUAGAAAUAGGCUUUAUGAGCUUAUUUUAUGGCUUAAAAUAUACAUGCAAAGAAGAUAGGUGCAGUUACGCCACAAUAAACAUUCGUCAGGUCUUUUAAAAAAAUAUAUCCUCACGACUAUAAUCUGUAAUGGGGUAAUCGGACACACUUGUCUACUGUUGCCAGGUGAACGUAACGUUCGAUAUGAUCAAAUUACGUGAACGUCUUUAACGUUUUGUAAAACUAUUAAAUGAUUUUGACAGUAUCUAAGGUAUAGGUAGCAUGUUACAAUACUUAUUGUUGUCAUAUCUAUGGAAUCGUACUAUUUAUUGCGAUAAUGACAUGUAUCGAUAGUUUGAUCAAGAAUGUUCUUAUGAUCUAUGUGAUAUAAUGACACGCGUCAUGGAAUCAUGAUAAUGAUUAUACGAUGUGUAUGAUCACGUAAAACAAUCAAGUAUCAAGUAAUGUCAUGACGAUUUGAUAGUUAUAAGUGGACACACGUAUCUUGCGUGUGACAAAAGUGGUUAAUCUAAAAGAUAUUUUGGUAACUGUAUUAUUAUUAUUAUGUUUAAUUCCGUUACUAUUAUUGUAAUACGCUUGAGAUAAUUAACAUUUCGUGUAGAGGAAUGACCACUAUUAGUAGGUACAUCAGCUUUUAACUAUCGACUGUUAAACAUAAGCCCUUGAAGAGUUUUGCCAACAGCUGCCACGUUUGGCAGCUGGGGUGUGUGUUAGGCAUUGAAGAUGUUUUAAGAUGGACGCUGCUGCCCAUCGCUCGUCCUCCCUUAAUUGCCUCUUACGAUACCCACGGGAAAGAAAGGGAUGAUCUAUUCUAUGCUGGAACCAUACGGCAGGCUACAUGACCUUUCUUAUUAGUGAUUAAUCUCCGAUAUAUUGAUAAAUUUUUUUUAAUAAGAUAAUACAUUUACAAACCGGAUUAUAUAUGACUUCUUUAUAUUAGUGAUCACGCGUAUUAAUGCUAUUGGAAUUAAACAAAAUAAUAAUAAUUCAGUGGUAGGUAAUAUGUGUAUUUCACAAAAUUAAUUUUGUAUCUAAAUAUUGCUUACCUAAUUUAAUAAAGUAUAAGGGUUUUUUUAGAACAUUUCUUUUGGAACAUGCGUGAUUUUAAAACCCAUCUUAGGUAUAUUAUUAUAAAAGUUACUGUUCAAUAAAGCUAUAUAAAGUCAAAAUCAAAUUAUAUAGGUAUUUUCAUAGUUUUAUAUAUUGAAUACUGGUAAUUAUGGUAUAACAGUCUUAUAUUAAAGUGUGGUGUUGCCAUACCCUGCACACGUGCAGUGUAAGCCGAUCCCCCAAUAUUGCAGCGACUUCAAAUAUCGUCAUAGUCGUCUGACGAAUAUUACAUAUAAAGAUCCGUCAGUAUUCUACGACUAUGACGAUAUAUUACCAGGGUAUAAUUAAUGGCUGAAAUGGUGAUACUAUUACCACCAUGAGAGCUGUACAGCAAGCUAAAUAGGGAUAAAAAUAGAUACAAUAUAUCUAAGUUAAAAGAAUCAGUGUUUUGGUGCCUUAUUAUACUAUAAAAGUGUUUACUAUCAUAAUUGAUGUAAACAUAAAAUGCCUUAAUAUUUUAAAAUAGAGACCAUUAUGUGAUGUUACUCUAUGUAAGCGCUUGAGGGUUAAAAAGCUGCUUUACACGAAUUGUUAACGAUUUAGACAUUAUUUUUUUCAUAUAAACCCGCCGAGUUUAAUAGACAUCUUGCGGUGACAGUGUAAUAUUAAUGGACUAGUACACUUUUAUCGGUGGAUUAUACGAAUUGAAUCGUAAAAUGAUUCGUGUAAAAAUGAUUUUUAAUUACUUUAGACAUGUUUACUUUAGUAAAAUUAGAAAAUAUAUGAUAUAAUCAGUGUGACAGUAUAGAAUUAUAUUUAUUUAAUUUAUAUCUAGGUUAUUAUAAUUCUGUAUUUAAAUAAGUGGUGGAUAAAGUUAAUUGUGUUUUUAAAGAUUUCUGUUGAGCAAAGAGCAUAAGAAUAUACUUACAUUCUUAUGCGAAAGGUCAACAGUAAUGAUCUUUCCUAUUUAGAUCUUUAUAAUUAGCAUAAAUUAUACAUUUGUUUACAUAUUACACUGUUAAAAAAAAACAAAUGAAGUACCUAUUUUUGUGUUGUGUCCGUUUAUGAAAGUUUUUACUCAUAAUGUAACCACUUGUAACCGGUUUUGACCGGUUUUAAUAAAUUCAUGUAGGUAUUAUUUUAUAUUUGAAUCGCGUGUUUAGUUUAGAUUGUAGUAGGUAUGUAUUUAUUUAUAGUCUCCUAAGGAGAGUAUAGUACUUGUAUUGACAUUUAGAAUUAGGUUUUUAUGACUUUAAUAAAAAAAUAUUAUAGAACAAUAAAGAACUGUUGAAGCAGAUCGAGAAUUGUAAGAAAAACGAAAUGUUGUAAUUUGAAUUCAGCAAUAGCAACCAGCCAGUAUGAAAUAAGAAUGCUACCAGUAAAGAGGUACCUAUUAGAUUUCAUUUUCAUAUUUUAAAGUCAGUCAUUUUAGACACUUUGGAAGGUACCAAUUCUUAGAUUAAAAUUAGAUAACCAACCCUCUAAUUAAUUAGCAAACGAAUCUUUGGUAGAAUCGUUUCGGUCAGCGCUCACAUGAGAGUGAACAAGACAGCGCAUAUUGUCGUCUCAUUCUAUGUCAUGGACUUGCCAGCGAUGACGAUUCUGUCGGUAGAUUCCUUUGCCACUUAUUGAUUGAAGGCAGUGCGAGAAUUUGAUAACGAAUGGAUGGCCUGUACUUGUAUGAUUGUAUUAUAUCCGAUAUGUAGAUCCCAUGGUAAACAAUACUUGCCAUUUCAGUCACCGAGAGCCGAUAGUGCAAUCAAUGAAUUUAUUUUUUGUAUGAAAUAUUCAAAGUAUUUUAGAAGUUAAGUUUGAUGGAUGAAUCUACUUACCUACGUAUUUCGUAUCAAUACUGAAUAAAGUUUGCUUUUUAAAAA